AUGUUGACACUAUCUUUAGAAUCCCUCUCCUUAAAAGAUGAUGACUGUCCAUAUCCAGCUCAACACCAAGAUUUGAAGGAUGAGUUUGACACUGACUUGGAGUUGGAUGAAAAAGAGGAGAGUAACAAAGAGAUGUCUGUAGCUGAAGUUUACUUGGAGGCCUGCAAGCUGGUGGGUGUGGUGCCAGUCUCUUACUUUAUACGGAACCUUGGCUCUACAACCAUGACCCUCAACCACCAUGGCUUGGGACCACUGGGGUGCAAGGCACUUGCUAUUGCUUUAGUUAGUGACAUGCAUAUUGACACUCUGGAACUGGCAGACAAUCACAUUCAAGCUGAGGGAACGAAAUACAUUGUGGAGAUGUUUCAGGCUAAUUUCACCAUCGAGCACCUGAGCAACUCCCGGAUUAAGGAACUAGACCUGAGCCAUAAUGAGUUUAGUAUAAAAGGAGGGGAACAUUUGGGACAACUGUUAGCAACUAAUCAGGGCCUGGAGGUGCUGGACCUCAGCUGGAAUUGUAUUAGAAUGAAAGGGGCUGUAGCUUUUUGUGCUGGACUCAAGGUGAAUAUGAUCUUAAAACAUCUUGAUUUAUCAUGGAAUGGUUUUGGGAAUGAGGGUGCCCUGGCCAUGGGAGAGGCCCUAAAAUUCAACAACACUUUGGUGCACCUCAACCUCAACAACAACCGCCUCACCAAUGAGGGUGUCAGCAUGCUCUGCAGGGGUCUUGAGUUCAAUGACACACUCCGAGUCUUAUCGCUGGCUUACAACUCUUUAACAGUAGAGGGGGCACUGGCCUUGGUUAAUGUGGUAAAAAACACAUCUAGUGCCUUGGAGGACAUAAACAUAUGUAAUGUGCUGGUAAAUGAGAAUUUUGUGCAUCUGUUGGAGGUAACAUGUCAGGAGCAUCCCAGUCUGGAUGUGCAGUAUGGAGGGGUAGGAGGCUUCAUUGCUAAAAAGCCACUAAAACAUGUCGAUCCGAUGAAACUCAUACAGGAUUAUUUGGAUCAAAACAAGCUGCGGCUGUGGGAUUUUUUUCGGAACAUUGACAAAGAUGCGACCAUGCGCAUCCCUGUGGCGGAUUUCAGGAAGGCAGUGCAGCAAUCAAGCGUUCCUUUGGAUCGAUACCAGAUUGAGGAGCUGAUUCACAGACUUGACCGUGAUGGGACAGGAGCUGUAGACUACAGGGGGUUGGCUGAUACUAGAAAACAAAUGAGGAGGGAUCAUCGCCGCCAGCUGAAACGGUUUGAGUCUCGUCAGAAGAAAGAGAAGCAGAAAAGUGACCGCAUCCUCAAGACUUUCCAGAGCGCAGUGGAGGCGGUUACACCACACAGCUCCAUGGUCAUCUCUCCCAGUGCAGCCAAAGAGGAUUCAAGUAGCCGGCAGCUCUUCUCUGCCACCCCUCUCAGCUCUUGGCACUACAUCGUCAUGUCCGGCACCAGUCGCUACUCUGUCACUAACCUGAACAAUGAGCAUGUCCAUCUGCCCAUGUUAGGAGGCAUCACGCCUUACCGUCCCACUAGUUCCUCAGCAUUGCACUCCUACUCCCAACCCAAUAUGCUGAAUGACUCUCCUCACUCUACCUCAGGCAGUUCUCUCUCUGCCCAUGGUACACACUCUGACCCGGAGAUGGGCUACAGCGAGCUAAGCCCCAGAGCUAGCCACCUGACCAGGUCCAGGCCUGCCCUUAAUGACAAGCAGCCAGAAGUUAAGGCCAAAACCAAGAAAGUAAAGAAAAAGAAAGCUAAGAAACCAGUGGUGAAAGAUGCCAAGAAUCCUACAAUAACUGAGGACAUUAUACAGCGUUAA